AUGGAUAAAGUGCAUCCCCUGAGUAGUCCAAUGAUCGUGAGAUCACUUGGUGUAAAUAAAGAUCCAUUUCGACCUCGUAUGUGUACUGAAGAACUAAUUGGUCUUGAAGUACCAUAUCUUAGUGCUAUUGGAGCACUAAUGUAUCUGGCUACUCAUACUAGACCUGAUAUAUCAUUUGCAGUAAAUUUAUUAGCGGGAUAUAGUUCUUCACCGACAAGGAGACAUUUGAAUGGAAUUAAACAUAUUUUUUGGUACCUUCAAGUAACUAUGGACAUGAGAUUAUAUUAUCCAUAUAUAUGUGAAGCCGAAUUGAUUGGGUACGCAGAUGCAGGGUAUUUAUCUGAUCCUCAUAAUGGUAUGUCUCAAACGGGUUACAUAUUCACAUAUGGUGGCACAGCUAUAUCUUGGAGAUCUAUGAAACAAUCAAUUACCGCCACAUCUUCAAACCAUUCCGAGAUCAUCGCUAUUUAUGAGACAAGUCGAGAAUGUGUAUGGUUGAGAUCAAUCAUUCAUUAUAUUCGAGAGUCAUGUGGCUUAUCUGUAAACAAGAAUUCUCCAACAAUUUUAUAUGAGGAUAAUGCAUCUUGCAUUGCACAAUUAAAGGGAGAAUAUAUUAAAGGCGAUAGAACGAAACACAUAUCACCAAAAUUCUUUUCACUCAUGAUCUCUAGAAGAAAGGUGAUAUUGAUGUUCAUCAAAUUAGUUUAUCAGAUAAUCUAG